UCAUGCAUGUGGCCAUGUAAUACAUACACUUUGUGUAGUUGAAGAUACAAUAGUAUACUUGGUAUGUAUGAACAUGUUUUCUUGUAUAAUUUAUGUAGCUUGCCAUCUUUUUUCCUCUAUUUAUAUAUCUAAGUCUCUCACCUCUCUCUCUGCAUUUCAUUUCCUAUAUUUUCUUUGAUUCUUCUUUCCACUGGAUUUCUCUCAUUUUCUUUUUGUUUUGUUUUAGCUUUGCUUGAAUUAUGGCUCCAGAAAUGUCAAGGCAAGGAGAAGCCAAAGGAACCUUCACAAAACACUUCCAUGACCAAUAUGAAAAAUGGCUCAAUCCUCCAACCGAAGACAACAACAACAAGAGUACCAAAAUCAAUCAUCUUUGUGCAGGAGCUUUGGAGAAGAGGGACAAGGAUGACGAAGAGGAUCGUGUGGAAACCGACUCUUCACCUCCGGGCCAUUAUAUCCAUGGGUUCGGGAACGAGAUCAAGUCAUUGAAGAACUUCUUGUUGGAUCAAAAAGUUUACAAGGAGUUCAAGAGUCUUGUGAUUGUCGGAGAAUACGGUGUUGGGAAGACAACAUUAUGCAAGGUGAUCUUUAAUGAUUAUGAUGUGAAGAGUGUUUAUGCCCCGAGGAUUUGGGUUUCUAUGCGUAGCAAUGAAUCUAAGGAGGGAUCACUUAAUGGGAAGAUAUGUGUGUUGAAGAAGAUCUUGAAGGGUCUUGGAGUUGAAGAUUCGAUCUUCGAAUCCAUCCGUAGAGAAGUAGUAGAAGAAGUUGCAAACAUGAUGGAAGCUGGAGAAAUUGAUGGAGAGACGGCGGAAGAGAAGGAGGUCGCUGCUCUUCUCUAUGCACUUCACUUGAAUCUGAGGUGGAAAAAGUAUCUGAUCGUCUUUGAUGAUGUGCGAGAUGAGGACAACUGGGACGAGAUUCUUCAGGACGAUGAGGAGAAACUGAAGAAGGAGAAGAAAUGGGGAAAGUAUCUGUCAGAUGGAUUCCCUGAAGGAUCUGGUGGAAGAGUCAUAUACACGACAAGGGAUGAGAAAGAGACACUAGCAAAGAAGCUAGUUGCAGAGGAACAUGAGAUACAUCGUCUUUGGCCUCUGACUGACACUGGAAGUGUCUGGAACAUAUAUAAAGAAGCUUUGGAAGAUAAUGAGGAAACGCUCCCAAGGAACGACAAGAAAUGCAUAGAUGAGCUAAUGAACAAGUCUCGUGGUUUUCCUUUAGCUGCUACACUAUUAGCCACGCUUGUUCCCGUGUUUCUUGAUGAUGAAAAAGCUGACCAGAACGGUUCCACAAAUGGAACUACCGAACCAGCCAACAACACAACAACACCAGAAGAGAUGGGAACUAUUCCACCUCAGAAGGCUUGAGAUAUUUAAAAACCCCCUUUUUUCCAUUGUGUGUGUGUUUUUUUUGGUUUGUUGUUAGUUCUGUUGUAUCAGUAAUCCGUAAUCAUAGAUUCAUAAUACAUUUCUUCCUUUAACUCAUUGAUUCAAAUGCCUCGCAUAACAACAACACUCGAAAACAUAACCAGAAAUACAUCAAACGGGAAACGAUGAAGCAAAACGCACACACAACAAGAACAACAACAAAAAAAAAAG